GGAGUGGCGCACUGUCGUCAAAUAUGAUUGCGAGGCCCAGUGAAUCAGUAGUGAUAUUUUAGCUGUCUCGGGAAGCGAAUCAACCUGAUCAUGACUACCAACAAAACUCAAUUUUUCGAAGUCAGUAUAAACGUUCCGUUUGGAGUCAUCGCUGGAAAAUGGUAUGGAUCGAAGGACGUUCGACCAAUUUUGUUCAUUCAUGGGUUUGAGGAUAAUUGCGGAUCUUUCGACAAACUCAUCCCCCUGCUACCGUCCCAUGGAAGCUAUUUGGCCAUUGAUCUACCAGGAUGUGGCCUGUCCUCUAGAAUUCCUCCGGGGAUGUUGAAUAAUGUUUCCGAUUGGGUUCUAGUGAUACUGUGGAUUAUGAAAGCUUACCGAUGGCCCACGGUGUCAUUGGCAGGGCAUUCUAUGGGUGCAAUGGCGUGCUACUGUUUCAUAGGAUUCUUUCCAGCAAAAGUGGAUCUGUUUAUUGCAAUAGACGCGUUGCACCUUUCCCACUUCGAACAAAUUCUAGACCAACAAGCAUACUUCAUCACCCGAUCAAUGAAAGCAGACGGUGAGAAUUUGAGCAGCGUUCCGGCAACUGAGUACACCUACGAGCAGUUGAUUGAGAAAGUGCAUAAUUUGCCUUCUUGCACCGUACCGAAGGAGCUUUGCCAUUGUCUUCUUCAGAGAAAUAUCAGCAAAUCACAGACGUUACCCGAGCACUACUACUUCCAUUAUGAUAAACGUAUCAAGUAUCCGUUUUUCAUGGGUUGGUCAAUGGAAGCGACUGCAUUGACCGCGAAGCGUAUCAAAUGUCCAGUGCUGCUGAUUUUUGCCACCGAUUCUCUUUUCUAUGGAGACAGGGAGGAGGUUGCAAGGACGGUGGAACAAAUAAAAAAGAAUAAUCAUACAAAACUGGUGCACAUCACUGGAGGUCAUUACAUACACUUGACAGACGCCGAUCAAGUAGCAGCCACAAUUGAAAUGUUCCUGAAUGAGAUUGAGUAUUAUAACAAGUGUGUUCAAAGCAAAAUUUAAUAUGGUGUGUGUUUCGGUGGAAUGAAUAAAAAACAAAGUGUUAAUAUGUAGUCUGAAUAUAAAUAAUGGAAAGAUCUCACCAAAUGACAUAUUAUGAUUUUUUGGCAGAAUAUAUGCAUUUUAUUAUAACUUGCUUAGUUAGUUACUAGAUGAUGAUUAAUGACACGGCACCUGCGGUUAUCACACUGUAAUAGCUUUGAGCUACAGGUAGUAAAACUCGAUUCUGUGCUGUUGAUGCUGAGCACGAGCCGAAUCACGAUAAUUUAUGCAAGUGCUGUUGAACGGUUAGCAUGAGGCUCGCGCACGGCAGUAAAAAUUAAACAGUUUGCAUCGGAAGUGUUAGAUGCAAGUCGCAAAAUAUAAAGAGUG